AUGGCGAGCGCGUCCGCGAACAACGCUGUGGUAGUCGCCCUCUACCGAGCGCUCUACCGGAUGGCCAGCCGCAUCGACGCCGAUCCCGCGCUCAAGGCCCUCGUGCCGUCACUCGCUCCCGAGCGGCACUAUGACCACGAGCGUGAGGAGUGGUGCACUCUCUACCCGUUCUCGGAUGAGCGGCGCGGCUACACGGCUCUCGCGCUCCUCUUUCUGGGCGCGCCGCUGUACAGGCCGGCGCGAGGGAAGCCCGAGUCGCUGCGCGAGUGGUUGAGUGGCAAGUUCCGUCCCAGCAGCCGCGGCGGGCGCUCGGCGGUGGCGUCGGCGGUGCUUGACGCGAUGCCGGGCCCUGUGGGCGGGCCGUCGGGCGAGCAGCCGCUGCUACUGGCGGCGCACCCGAUGCAGCUCUCCGCCUCCUUCGGCCGCUCCCUUAUCCUCGUCACGCAGCACGGCGCUGGCGGCUCUCACGGCUGGCUCGUCAACAAGCCGUCGGCGAUCCGGCUCCGGCACGCGGCCAGGCUGCUCGGCCUGCGGGUUCAGCAGAAGGAGCUGGGCCACCUCGGCCGGAACCGCGUGUACGUCGGCGGGCCGGUGGCGGGCCCGCUCCUCGCCCUCCACCCGCACCGCUCGCUCCUCGACGCCGACGCCGACGGCGAGGAUGAGUCCGCGCGCGCGGCUUCGCCCGAGGACUUCAAGCUCGUGCUCGGCAGCUCGGCCUGGGGCCCCGCGCAGCUCGACGGCGAGUACGAGUUGGGCGAGUGGUACGGCGCGCGGCCAGACGCCGCCGAGCUCCGCUCCAUUUGCCUCGCGCAGCCGCGCCACCGCUUCGGAGGCGGCGCGCCGCGCAGCGGGGGCGUGCCUGUCUGCAGCUCGCCGGCGACCGCUGCGCAGCCUCGCGCCUGCUCCACGCUCGCGCCGAUGAGCUUGACGAGAUGA